GAAGGUCUUGGUCGGUGAAACGUUUGAUAUGUUUUAAUGGCGAACAUGAUAUUCGUUUAUUUUGUGUUGCUGUCAGCUGUUGGCCUGUGUUCUGCUGAACUGGGUGUUGUGUACGUCAGACCGGCCGGUUCAGGAGUGGAAUGGCAGGACCAUUACUGUAUUAACUACAACCCACAGUUCCACAAGCUACCACACUACAGGGAACAGGCAACCUCACACAGCCUGGUGGACCUUAGCUCUGACUUGGGAUGUUUUGACAGCCAUGCCUAUGACAACAUUAAGACUGGUGACCGUGUGGUGGCCAUUGGCCGUGGAAACUGUACUUUUUCAGAAAAAGCUCUCAUGGCUCAGCAGCAUAAAUCUUCAGCCCUUUUGAUUGUCACAGAAGAUGUGUUGAUUCCCAGUGCCAACAGGACCGAGUAUAAAAUGAUAAAUAUCACAGUGGUUGGUAUACAGACAAAGGACUUCACACAAAUACAGAAUUUAGGACCCAAUGUUGAGGUUUUGAUGUAUUCACCGGGACUAAGAGACGAGUUUGACCCGUGUUUGGUCGUCCUGUUUGUAGUGGCUGUAGGAUGUGUCACAAUUGGCGGGUACUGGUCCGGUGUCAGACGUUAUGAACGAUCUGAAAAGUCGCAAAAUUCAAAGAAGAGAAAACGGAAAUCAAAAAAAGGGAAAAAAGAUGAUGAGGAUGAUGACAGUGAUGAGGAAGCUGACACUGUAGAUCUAACUCUACCCUCCAUUAUUUUCUUUGUUAUCAUGUCCUCCACGUUCCUUGUGCUUCUGUUUUUCUUCUACGAUUAUCUCGUGUAUGUGGUGAUUGUGAUGUUCUGUCUGGCGGGAGCGGCAGGUCUGUAUGGCUGUACACAACCACUCUGGAGCCACAUUCCUUUUAAUAAGAGACUUCCGCCUAACAAAGUGCCGUGUUUUUCUGAUCGUCCUCAACUGAAGAACCUUGUGUUGGCUGUGUUGUGUAUUGGAGUGUCUACAUUUUGGGGGAUACAGCGACAUGAAAGUUAUGCAUGGGUGAUUCAAGAUUUUCUUGGAGUGACGUUUUGUAUCAAUAUUCUAAGAAUUAUCCAGAUGCUUACCAAUGGUGUUUGAAGUUCCACGUUUGACUCCUUCACCUCUAAAUGUCUGUGACCUUCCGAUGUCUCUGUUGGGGUUCGGUGACGUUAUCAUUCCAGGUCUCCUGAUUGGAUUCAAUCACGGAAUAGAUCUGAAAGUUCAAAGUAAAAAAAUCUAUUUUACAGUAGCUGUGAUAGGUUAUGGUGUGGGGCUGCUGUUCACCUUUGCAGCUUUAUACUUCAUGGAGACUGGCCAACCAGCACUCCUGUACCUUGUGCCCUGUACACUUGUACCAACAAUGGUGAUUGGAUGUUGCCGCAGAGAAUUCAAACUCUUAUGGAAUGGCAAUAAAAAGUGCCCCAAGAAGGAUGAUGAUUUUCGGGACGAAACAACAGAAAGGGUGAUUCCUCCAACAGGGGCUGAAUCGAACACAGCUGACACUGACAGCGUGCGGAUCAGUAUAUCAAGUACCUCCAGUACUGAUGAAUUACUGCAUUGACUAGGACUACAAGGGGAGACAUCAUUAUUUGGGGUUGGUAGAAGGUUUACAAGAUCGGAGACCACAAGAUUGUUUGGUGAUAGCUAUACUCACAACAAGAUCCUUGAUGUUUGAGCUAAUAACCAGCUGUCAUUUACAAACAAAAUAAGAUUUUGAAAUUACAUGAGAUGGCACAUGUGACAUGUGUCAACCUAAAACAUGAUAUGUGUCAACUUACAUCACUCCAACAACACACAUCACAACCUUAUCACACAUAUAAACAUCCCUGUCUGUCAACUCUCUAUACUUAACGAUGUGUUGGAAUUAUAUAUCAAGUGUCAUUUGGUGUUGAUGAAUAAUUUUUGAUGAGUUGAAGUGAGAAAAGUACAUUUGUAUUCAUAACACAAGUCAGUUUCUUGGAUUAUUACUACUUUUGCAUAUCAGAAAUGGUCGUUUAUAACCUGUUUGUAAACUUUUCUAGUAAUUGAAUAAUUAAAAGAUGUGGGUGUCAAAAAAAAAGAUGAAGCAAACAUCAUCAGUUUGUUUGCAGUUUAAAUCACCCUUCAUCCCAGGUCUGUAGUUUGUUGGUCAAUAAGUCUGUCCUUCUGUCACAUGUGAUACAUGUGUGUCUUGAAGUAAAGUCCUGUUUCUUACUAUGUACUGCAUAUGACCUAAUAACGUUAUUCUGAAGUUUUAUGAAACAGACUACCUUAUAACAGACUACCUUAUAAUAGACUACCUUAUAAUAGACUACCUUAUAACAGACUACCUUAUAACAGACUACCUUAUAACAGACUACCUUAUAACAGACUACCUUAUAACAGACUACCUUAUAACAGAAUACCUUAUAACAGACUACCUUAUAACAGAAUACCUUAUAACAGACUACCUUAUAACAGACUACCUUAUAAUAGACUACCUUAUAAUAGACUACCUUAUAACAGACUACCUUAUAACAGACUACCUUACAAUAGACUACCUUAUAACAGACUACCUUAUAACAGAAUACCUUAUAGCAGACUACCUUACAAUAGACUACCUUAUAACAGACUACCUUAUAACAGAAUACCUUAUAACAGACUACCUUAUAACAGACUACCUUAUAAUAGACUACCUUAUAACAGACUACCUUAUAAUAGACUACCUUAUAACAGAAUACCUUAUAACAGACUACCUUAUAACAGACUACCUUAUAACAGACUACCUUAUAACAGACUACCUUAUAACAGACUACCUUAUAACAGACUACCUUAUAACAGACUACCUUAUAACAGACUACCUUAUAACAGACUACCUUAUAACAGACUACCUUAUAACAGACUACCUUAUAACAGACUACCUUAUAGCAGACUACCUUAUAAUAGACUACCUUAUAACAGACUACCUUAUAACAGACUACCUUAUAACAGAAUACCUUAUAACAGACUACCUUAUAACAGACUACCUUAUAAUAGACUACCUUAUAACAGACUACCUUAUAACAGACUACCUUAUAACAGACUACCUUAUAACAGACUACCUUAUAACAGAAUACCUUAUAACAGACUACCUUAUAACAGACUACCUUAUAAUAGACUACCUUAUAAUAGACUACCUUAUAACAGAAUACCUUAAAACAGACUACCUUAAAACAGACUACCUUAUAACAGAAUACCUUAAAACAGACUACCUUAUAACAGAAUACCUUAUAACAGAAUACCUUAUAAUAGACUACCUUAUAACAGAAUACCUUAAAACAGACUACCUUAUAACAGAAUACCUUAUAACAGACUACCUUAUAACAGAAUACCAAAGGCUGCAGAAACGGUGAAAUAUUAAGUCAUAAAAAUAUUCCCAAUGAAUGAAUGUAUCUAUUCAUUAUCAUUUAUAAGCAAACAUAUAAUAAAUAGAAGACUUUGUUCAGUUUUCAGUGCUUGGUCAAAAAAAAUCAUUGAUCAAUGUACAACAUGUGAUUGGUUCCCAUGUACAUAACAUGAAAGGGUAUGUAAAGCAGGUGGAAAAUUCAGCAUCAUAUUUCAUCUAGACAAGUUUUUUUGUGAGUUUAAAGUACUUGCACAACAGUAAAACAGAGUGGUCCAAUUAAACUGAAUUAGUAGUGCAUUAAAUUACUGUAAGCAGGAGAAAGUUUGCACUUGCAAAUUCGGGAAGUAGUCACCAGUAUUUAUUUGCCCACAUACCAAAUCUACUGUCCCAGGCUUUUUCUCACCCUGGUACAUGUACAAUUUUUUUAUAUUACCUUCAGGCAAUAUGUUGGUGAAGUUUGCCUGAAAAUAAUUAUACAAAAUGCUCCAAAAUAGCUUAUUUUGUGUCCCUGGGCUAUACACUGGUUUGGGCGAUACACAGGAAAUAAUUAUAUACAAAUGUAUAUAAACUGACUUAACCUGUAUCUCUGGCAUAUAUAAUGAAUUGGCUUUAUGUGGCCAUAUGUGAUCCCUUCUGCAUGGGAUUUCAACAAAUCAAUGUCUUAACUUGAGGAUCCAAACAGAUUUGGUUGUUAUCAAUAACACCUAGUUAACUUGAGGAUCCUAUCAUAUCUAUAACACCAAGUUAACCUGAGGAUCCUAUCAUAUCUAUAACACAUAGUUAACUUGAGGAUCCUAUCAUAUCUAUAACACCUAGUUAACUUGAGGAUCCUAUCAUAUCUAUAACACCAAGUUAACUUGAGGAUCCUAUCAUAUCUAUAACACCUAGUUAACUUGAGGAUUCUAUCAUAUCUAUAUCUAAAUAAACCUGUUUUCAUUAUUUUAUUGUUGCAUGUUUUUAAAGUUUUAUUUGUAAUUUUAUUUGUAGAUUCAUUAAAACUGCUUCAAUCAUA